AUGGAAAAACCUGCAGCAGCACCUGAUACUAUCAUCAGUAGUCUUCAUGGUCAUGCUUAUGUCUAUAAGAAGCAAGAUGUUCUUGGAAUUGGUGGAUUCGCAACUGUUUACAAAGUAUUUGAGAAAUCAACAAGCCAAGAAUACGCAAUGAAGGUAAUUCCAAAAGACAGAAUCACAAAACCAAAGGCGCAAGAGAGAUUAAAGCUAGAAAUCCAAAUUCAAUCAGCUUUGCAUCAUCCAAACGUUUUAAGGAGUUAUGGAGCAUUUGAAGAUGCAACAAACCAUUACAUAGUUACAGAAUUGUGUCCUGGCCUUUCAAUCCGCGAUCUUCUCAAAAAGAAAGGAAAUUUGACUGAAUUUGAGACUGUUAAGGUAAUUAAAGAUGUUCUUGAAGGUCUUGUGUAUCUGCAUGAUAACAGAGUCAUUCAUCGUGACAUCAAGCUUGAAAAUUUCCUCGUUGGCAAAGAUGGUCGAGUAAAAAUUGCAGAUUUCGGUCUAAGUACUAAACUAAGCUACGAUGAUGAGAAAAAGUAUACUGUUUGUGGAACACCAAAUUAUUUAAGCCCAGAAAUAUUGGCAGAUGCUUCAAAAGGUCAUAGUUAUGAAGUUGAUAUUUGGGCAAUCGGAGUUUCCGUUUAUGCAAUGUUAAUCGGACGCCCGCCAUUCCAAACAGCAAGGACAAAGCUUACUUACGAGCAUAUCAAAACUUGUUCUUAUCUUUUUCCUGUCGAACCAAAGAUUUCACAAGCCGCAAGAGAUUUUAUCAAAUCAACCCUUCAGAUCAAGCCUGAGCUCCGCCCAACUGCGCAAGAGUUGUUAUAUCAUGAAUUCAUUACACAAAUUAAUUCUCCUGAAUUUCAGGAAUGUAACAAGCAGAGUUUAUUAGAUAUAGCACAGGAAAAGCCAAAAAUCAUUAAACCAGUCACAAUUCCUCGUGAAAAUCCUCGUCCUGAUCAGCAAAAAGAAAAUGUUGACAAUAAUUGCAUAAAUGCAUUCCCAAUUAAAUGCACAGAAGCAACAAUGCCAAGAUAUUGCGUCUCCAGGUUCUGCGACCAUGCAGAAAAAUACGGAUUAGGAUAUCUUUUGAUUGAUGGAACGAUUGGAGCUUGUUUCAAUGAUUCAAGCAGAAUGAUCAUGGAUCCACACGAAGAAUUCGUUCAAUAUUGGCCGGAUUAUCAAACUUUUUUUCCUGAAAUUUUGAGUCCUCACGAUACAAAGUACUCGAAGAAACUUCUACUUAUUAGAAAGUUUUCUGAGAACUUAAAGACCAAUAGAUCCAUGUUCCAGCUUCCAACAAACAAAUAUAAAUCUAAUAUUCCUUUAAAGCACGUGAAAUACUGGAUUAGAACAGAUUAUGCAACACUUUUUAGGAUGGAAAACAGAGAUAUCCAAGUAAAUUUCACUGACAAAAUUAAAAUUGUCAUUUUCUGGUCAACAAAGAAAAUGAUGAUGCUAAGUUCAAUCAAGCAACCAGGAAAAUUGAUUGGACUUAACGAAUUGUACGAAGGAUCUCCAUAUCAUGAGGAACAUAAGAGAUUUGUAAUUGCAAAACAACUUCUUGAAGAAAUGAGUGCAAAAUAA